AGGCCUGGGGAUAAAACCCGCGCAGCGUGUCAAGCCUCGUUACUGCUCCAGCGACUGCCGCGGCGCCUGCAACGCUCGAUAGGAUGACAUCUUCCAAGUCAAUUGAAUCGACAGCCGCUGUGCUGCUCGUACUCUUCGCUAUCGGACAGGCAGCCAAGCUCGAUAACCUCUCUGCGCAACAAACAGAUAACCGCCAGAGGUUCGCAGGCGCAGCCAAUUUACUGGGUUCAUACCUGCCUCCCGUGCCAGAACCCUGCAAAGAUGUUACUUCCACUAUCACGCUACCUGCCUCAACCGUCACUCGCACGGAGUACCAGAGUGGACCAGGAGUUGAGCGAACCGUUACGAUUCCAGGCGAAGUGAUCACCCAAGUGUCCACUGAGUACGUGCCUGGUCAAGAUGUCUACGUGACAAAGACUGAAUACAGUACCGUUGAGAUUCCUGGACUUGCUCAAACUAUCGUGAGCACUCGGCUUUCAACGGUCUUAGACUACAAAACUACGACUCAAGUCCAAUACUCGACUGUCGUGUCUACCAUCUUGAGCACCCAGAUUAGUUCAGUAGUUGUGCCGACCACAAUUGUUAACACCAGAACAACGACGGUCACUAGUCAGAUCGUCAAUACACAAACCAUUACUCAAACUCAAACUAGAACACAAACGCAAACUCAAACUUUGCCCGCCCGCACUGAAUAUAUAACUACUACCAGAACCAGUACCCUACCAGCUCGUACCAGCACUGUCGUGUCCACACGAGUAUCCACCGUGGUAGAUUACUCAACCAUUUUUAAUACCGAAUAUCUGACGAAUACCAUAACUCAAACCCAGGUCUCUACUAUCCGUUCUACAGUCUUAUCUACGCAAGUUGUCCCCACAACUAUCUACGACGUCGAAACCACCACUCAAUAUUCUACCAAGACGAAUGUCAUAACUUCAACUGUUAGAGUGCCUGGAGAGCCUGUCAUCAGAACUGUCACUGCUUCCGCACCACCUAUUGCACCACCUGUGACAUCCUACGUUACCGAUUACGUAACAGAACCUGUAAUUCAAGUAUCCACCAUCUUUAGCACUCGUGUGGUCACCACGACCGUGGGAGGAGGCCGUCCUGGUGUAGUAAGCACUGUAACAGAAACGCAGCCUUGUGCGCAGAUUACCAAGCCUGGGUACAACUAUGAUGCUCCCUCCGUUGCUUUCAAUUUCUAGAGAAAAUGAUGGUCCGGCGUGCUAAUUUAAAUCUUGAAGAGACAGACCUUGGAAUACUCUCACAUUCUUGAAGAAAUUGGUUUAAUAUGAAGACAGAAUACAUAGUAGAAAUUUAGCAAUAAAAGUAAUAUCCUCUUUCUGUAUAUAACACACACAUGUAUUUAUUGAUCAUCUUAAUUCACAAUGAUGAUUCACACACAUAUUCGUAAUUCAUUUAAACUCCAAAUUCACCAAUGUUUGAAGACAAUGCCCCAACUUUUCAAGGUUCCGAUGAUUAAAUUUCAUUAGAAUAAUUUCUUGAUUUGUGUUACAGUCUGGUUACAAUCUGUAAUGAUAAAUAGCUAUGAUUUUCAAGAGUGCUGAAACGAGUUAAUUAACAAAAUGAAGCGUAUGAUUGUGA